CCACAACAAGUUUUCUAUCACUUCCAAUAAUGGCCGGAGCCGUAAGUCUUUGGCGCGGAGAGGCCGUGUUCUUGACGGCAAUGCUAGCGGUCGAAACCAGCGUCGUCGGAAUAAGUACUUUAUUUAAAGUAGCAACUUCAAAGGGACUCAACAUUUAUCCUUUCCUCGGCUAUUCUUAUCUUCUAGCUUCUCUUCUUCUUCUUCCUUCUCUUUUCUUCACCAACAGGUCAAGAUCACUUCCUCCACUAAGUGUCUCAAUACUCUGUAAGAUCGGUCUUCUUGGAUUUCUAGGAUCAAUGUAUGUGAUCACAGGAUACAUAGGCAUCGAAUACAGCAGCCCAACAUUAGCCUCCGCCAUAAACAAUAUCACUCCUGCUCUUACCUUUAUCCUCGCCGUUAUCUUCAGGAUGGAGAAAGUAUCAUUCAAAGAAAGGAGCAGUGUAGCCAAAGUGAUGGGGACGAUAUUGUCACUAAUAGGUGCACUUGUAGUGAUUUUCUACCACGGUCCACGUGUCUUCGUUGCAUCUUCUCCGCCGUAUCUAAACUUCCGUCAGCUUUUUCCACCGAUGUCAUCUUCAAACUCCGAUUGGCUCAUCGGAGGAGCUCUUCUAACCAUACAAGGCAUCUUUGUUUCUGUCUCUUUCAUUCUCCAGGCACAUAUAAUGAGUGAGUAUCCAGCAGCAUUUAGAGUCUCCUUUCUUUACACUGUAUGUGUUUCAAUCGUGACCUCGACGAUUGGACUAGUAGCCGAAAAGAACAAUCCAAGCGUUUGGAUCAUUCAUUUUGAUAUUACUUUAAUAACAAUUGUAACUAUGGCAAUAAUAACUUCAGUAUACUAUGUGAUUCAUUCAUGGACAGUACGACAUAAAGGACCUCUAUACUUAGCGAUAUUUAAGCCUUUGUCGAUUUUAAUAGCAGUGAUUAUGGGGGCCAUUUUUCUCAACGAUUCUCUCUAUCUCGGAUGUUUGAUCGGAGGAAUUUUGAUAACUUUAGGCUUCUACGCUGUGAUGUGGGGCAAAGCAAACGAAGAGAAGGACCAGUUGUUAUCAUUUUCCAGAAAAGAGAAAUCCCCUCUUCUAUUGAGUGGCAAGAACGAACAAAUUUAAAUAAGAAAAUAAGUUAGAAUAAUGGAGAAAUUUACGAACUCUGGAUAAUUGUUUAUAUUAUAAAGCACAAGUCACAUG